UCGCAGCGGCUUUUAUUUAUGAAGGUCUCCCUGGUCAUUGUGAGUCUCUCUUGAGCGUAUUUCCACACCAGAUGAUUCGUCUGGAUGAUGCCUCAGCCUUAUGGUCACUUGAACUGUCCAGAGUCCUGAGCUGGCCUUCGAUUUGCUCCGUAGAGAUGAAGCAGAGGCUCUAAUGCUCUCGCACGGAUGCAGCGCUGACGCUCCCGUGGGCAAGAGUGGAAAUUAGGGAAGGAGAGUCCAGUGGGAAUCCAUUUACUACUUGAUACAGGAAACGGUCAGGCAGCUCAGUGAUUCUCUCCCCAUCGUACAAGUACAAAAUCGGCCAGCUGUACAUGAUCAGCAAGCACAGCCACGAGCAGAGUGACCGAGGAGAAGGGGUGGAGGUCGUCCAGAAUGAGCCCUUCGAGGAUCCUCACCAUGGCAACGGGCAGUUCACCGAGAAGCGGGUGUAUCUCAACAGCAAACUGCCCAGCUGGGCUAGAGCUGUUGUUCCCAAGAUAUUUUACGUUACAGAAAAGGCUUGGAACUAUUAUCCCUACACGAUUACAGAAUACACGUGUUCCUUUCUGCCGAAAUUCUCCAUUCAUAUAGAAACCAAGUAUGAAGACAACAAAGGAAGCAAUGACCGCAUUUUCGACAAUGAAGCCAAAGACCUAGAGAGAGAAGUUUGCUUUAUUGAUAUUGCCUGCGAUGAAAUUCCAGAACGUUACUACAAAGAAUCUGAGGAUCCUAAGCACUUCAAGUCAGAGAAGACAGGACGGGGCCAAUUAAGGGAAGGCUGGAGAGAUAGCCAUCAACCUAUCAUGUGUUCCUACAAGCUGGUGACCGUGAAGUUUGAGGUCUGGGGGCUUCAGACCAGAGUGGAACAAUUUGUACACAAGGUCGUCCGGGAUAUUCUGCUGAUUGGACACAGACAGGCUUUUGCGUGGGUUGAUGAGUGGUAUGACAUGACAAUGGAUGAAGUUCGAGAAUUUGAACGAGCCACUCAGGAAGCCACCAACAGGAAAAUUGGCGUUUUCCCACCCGUGAUUUCUAUCUCGAGUACCCCCCUGCUGCCUUCCUCGGUCCGCAGUGCCCCUUCAAGUGCUCCGUCCACACCUCUCUCCACAGACGCACCAGAAUUUCUGUCCGUUCCCAAAGAUCGGCCCCGGAAAAAGUCAGCCCCAGAAACUCUCACGCUCCCAGACCCUGAGAAAAAAGCCACCCUGAAUUUACCUGGCAUACACUCCUCAGAUAAGCCAUGUCGGCCCAAAUCAGAGUAACUUCAUAUAAAUCUUUCAUGGGGAUUUUAUAUUUUCAUUUGGGUUUGUUGUGGGUUUUUUUUGUUUUUUUGUUUUUUAAGAAUCUUCUGAUAGAGGAAAAAACUGCUUUGUCACUCAAACCUGUUCUUUCGAUCUCUGAGUGUGCAUGUGGCUAAGUAAUUUCCCGUAUAAUAUGAUUCCCUAAGUAUGCCACACAGCAUCAUACUAGAUGUAAAAUGUAAGGCUUGCAAAAGACAGAAGGAAUAUUCUGUAACCACAGCUGGAAGCCGGGAGGAAGGGAAGAAGCCUUGUUAUUAAGCAUUUGAUGGGGUAGGUGUGGACUUAAAGAGUAAAUCCAUGAAAACUUUACGCCACUGUUACAGGUGUGGUAAAAUAGUGAAGUCAGUCUCCUCUCAUCAAACCUGAAUUCUCAAAAACACUCAGGUGUAACAUACCUAACUGUUCAAUUUCAAACUGUUCAUCACCAAGACUUGAAUACUAGUAGUUACCUGAGAUUCCUCUUUUGAUUCACCUGACUCAGGAUUUGGGGCCUAAUUAACUCUUUAAAUUUUUUGAAAAAUUUCAUUAUCAACCUAUAGAGGCUCCAAGUGCAAUUAACGAGAACUUAUUUAUACCUUUCGCAGAAUUUAAUAAAGACUCCACUUGUUUCUGUCUUUUAAUAAACUUCCCCCUUUGUGCCCUCGUGGCCUCAGAAAUCUUUCAGAAUUGCAUGGAUGAAUGCAGCCAUAACUGACUGAUUUGGGUAUGGUUUGGUUUAGGAACCAAGAGGCCCAGGUGAGGCAAACAUCAUUUUUCUCUACAGGUACUAACAAACCUUGAAUUGUCAUCGUCCAUUAAGAUUCUCAGUAUUUGCAAUUAAUUCAGGUGAAUUCAUUGACUCUUUGCCCAUUCUAAGAAGCGCAAGGGUAGACUAAACUAAUUGGACUUUAGCACUGUCAGGAUGUCUGGCUCGGGAACCUGAAAAAGAGAACUGUCUCCCAUCCCCCCUCCCAGGUGUUACUUUUAAUAACGUCCAGACUUCCCUGGAACAGAUCGCCCAUCACCAGACCUUAAAAAAGACUGUCAUUCUCUUGCUCUUCCUUGAAAUCCAAAUACUGGGAAGGUCGCAGAAGUGGAGUAAAUGCUAUUGCAGGGGGCCGGGGGGGCGGGGGGAGAAUGAGCAGAAUUGCUGACUCCUAUUUGUAGAAUAAAAGGGCGGAGUGAGAAAUGACGCCCCCCACGGCUAGCUCUCUUUUCUGCAAGUAGCAGUAAUGCAGGAUUAGAAUCCACGCUGAUGGGAAGCAAGACCAUUCGACCCAAGUGGCAAAAAUCGAACUCUCCUUUGCUCAAAAGAGAAAACUCUGCCACCGUCGCGCCUCACUGCCUUUAAACGCAGAAGGAAGGGCAAGCAGAACCUAGGAUUUAUUUUUGUCCUCCAAGAGAGGAAGACGACAAGGUAGUUGGGCAGCUCCGAGGCCCCAGCUAGCCUUCCUGACCAUAACCUCCAACCUCAGGAAAGGGACCUUCCCAGAACACAGAUUCCAAAGGAAACAACAUAAACCAAGGAGCUUAUUCUCCUUCCCACACAGCCUCUCAGCCAGUGGACCCUGCCUGCUUCUCUCUCUCAGUGCUUAGCAUGCUGCAUAGUGUCUUUCCAAUUGAUCAACUCUCCCGAGGUGCAGGCGCUGGCCCCGUGAACCCAGCACCAAGUAUUCUAAGUCAUACGUCAGACCGUCAAGAUCAUUUCUUUAUCUCUAGGUUGACAUUUAGCUUAAUAAAUAAACCCAGAACUCCAAGGAAACCAGUUGCAAAUAGCUUUCAACGAUAGCAUUGUAGUAAGACAUCUUUGCAUGGUAGAGUAGCAUGAUUUUUGCUCGUGGGAAAACUUAAUCUUAUCAAACCUCUUGGACUUGCUCCGUGGUCCCCUCUCCACACAGUAGAACUUAACGGGAAUGUUUGGCUUUAGAGUGCAAAAUUCUACUUUCAGAAGACACUGACAUAGUAUGUGUAUUUGCUUAGUAUUUGCCGGCUGAAACCAGGAUGGGGCGGGGUCAUUAUUUUUGCACAGAACAGAUUUCUCUUGUGCAGGUUGUUAACACAUCUGGCACCUACUUUUUCCAUUAAUGCCUUUGCCAUUUUUCUUUUUUUGUAAAGUAGCUUCUCCUAUCGAGGUCAACAAUGCUAUUAGCUUUGGAAAGCUAAUUUCUUGAUUCCCUUCUGUGAGUUUUCUUCCUCCUGUAGCCGGUUCAAUAACACAGACAUCAAUUUCAAAGCUGCCGAUGAUUGUGUGAUUUUUAGCCAACAAAUGUGUGUGCGCUUCAAGUAUGUUCAGUUUUUCCUGUCUACAUGUGGUUCUGUGUGCAUUUAAAUAAGGGGUGGGGGGUGCAAAUAUUCCUUUAGCUGCUUUGAAUAUUUAAUCCGGUCAUCACAAGGCAUAAAUGACUUCAGUAUUUUAUCUACCUUGAUUUUGCACCUGUCAUUUCAUAUUCUCCAUACAUAAGUUUGUUUCUUGUGGGAUACAAGCCUGCGAUGAAUGUGUAUAUAGACCAUUAAUAAUUCCUAUAAGGAUGAAAAAUGCUUGCAUGAUGGAUACUUAGAAGAAAACAAAGCUGAAACUUGAAUUUAUUAAGCAUGUUUGGGGAAACAUAGAAUCUUAACUCAGUGCCUCUGUCUGCAAUGUGGAAAUCUUCAACUUUGUUCACCAAAAUUGUAUUAUAUUUGUAUAUAUAUAAAUAUAGUAUAGUGAAUCAGAAACCACCAGUUUUAAGUCUCUGGUAGCCAAUUUAAAUAAUCCAUAGAAGAAUGCAUAUGUUCAUCCCAUCAUUAUCUAUGUUAUUAGUGGAGACCAUCAAAAUGGCCAUAAAUAUCAUUGCUUUGGAUGGAUUUCAAAUGAUGAAAUACCCCUGUGCUUUUCAUUGGCCGUAAUACAGCAUUGCCGCUUUGGCUGUGUUGUCCCAGGAUAAGAAGGACUCCGUGUCUUUACUGCACAGACUUUCUUGGAGGUGAGCUCUGAAGACCAUCGCAUUUCCUACUGUCGGGCUGAAAUAAAGCAAAGCAAAGGAAAAGCAUAACAACAGAGGAGUCUGUGACAUCUCUCAGUUACCAGCGUAAUAAUCGAAAGAAAGAGUUCAGUGGUGAACUAAGUUAUAAACCCUUUCUGCUUUGGAUUUGCAUCUGUGUCGGGGGGAAAUGGUUUUAAUUUGGGAGGAUUUAUUACCCGUGUUUUGGAUUGUGAAAACAAAUCUCUAAGGGGUACAGUUGUGGGUGUAGAAUGAAUGCAGACACUUUAAAAAAAACACGAGACCUCUGAACGUAAAUAUGUGGUUUUCUUUCAAGACGCUGUCGUCAAUGGCGACCUAAGAGAAAAGAUUCUGACACUUCUCAGGAAGUCAUUUUUCCGUGAAACUUCCAAGACUACUGUAUUUUUGUGUGUUUUCCAAUUUUACUUACCUUAGCAUCUCUCCGUGGCUCAGAAACAAGGUCACUGGCUGGCUUAAGUCCAUAGAAAUUUUACUUGUUAUAAGGGCCAGAGUAGAAUUUAGUCACAUAGAAUGUGUACUCCAAUGACCCAAUAGAGAAGAAUUGUCUGAAUAGUUUUAGUCCCUUUCUGAUCAUCUGACUCAGUAGGCUAGGUGACAACCUGCUCUCUGAGCCAUAAUUCUUGAAAUUGAAAAGAAAAAAAAGGGUCUCUUUAGUAACUGAUCAUAAAUAGACCAUUUAAAACUACCCAUUCUUGUGCUCGCUUUGGCAGCACAUAUACUAAAACUAGCCAUUCUUGCUGAAACUGAAGGGUUACUCGAGAGCACGGCGUUGGCAUGUGAAGGCAACACACCCCGGGUUCUUCUGUGUUCUACCUUCAAAACAAUCUGUUUGCAUUUGAAAAUAGAAGUGUUGGAGCUUUUUAGGAGUUAGUGCAAUAAAAGAAUGUGAAUAUGUUAAGAAUUUUUCAGAUGCCGUUAUUAUAAUUUCAUUGUUAACAAGUGCAUCAGGAUAAUCCUCUGGCUGUUUUUGCUUCAAAUGGAAAACACGUCUGUCGAAUUGCAAGGUUCCCUUCCGUUUCCGUGUCGUCACCAAGAAGAGGUUCUUUGAGUUGUUCUGUCUAUACCGCUUACAUGUAGCUUCGAGUGUCAUUUUUUGUGUGUUUAUAUGUCAAGCUGGGAUCUUGAUUCGUUACAUAUAUUGAGUCAAAAUACCACUGCCACUGCCGAAGGACCAAGUUUUGGAAAGCACAGUGUUACGGACCACAAGCAGCGCAAGCAAGAAUUGCCCCUCACACAUGCCAUCCUUCUGUGUCAUUUUAUGGCUGUUUUGUGUUGUUGGUCCCCCCCCCCCGCCAGUUAUUUAUUAUUGUUAAUAACUUCCUUUUUCUUACAUUCUGUUGUAAAUAAACUACAAAGCAAUCUUCUUUCCAA